AUGUUUAUUACAACUCCAGCAUACCCCCGGGCUGAACUUCUGCACACCACUUGCUGCUCUAUUUAUUGGCUCAUAAUUGUUGACUACUUCAAGAUAGAAAACUUCUGGGUCCUGCUCUCUGGCAUUUGCACGAUCCACUACAUUGUCUCGGCGACUAGAUCUGUGCUGAUCAGCCAGGUUCUGCUUUUUUCUAGCGCUAUUUUGUUUUUGAUCAAAAGUGCAAGUGUAAAAAAGUACACAUACAAUCAGAAAGAUACGGGCCAUGCUUCUUUGAUCAUUGACGGGCUUCGAUACAUUGUGUGCAGUCUAGUGUGCAUUUCCAUCUUCAUGUGCGACUUUCCUUUCUAUCCCAGCUACAAGCUAAAGAGCACAUACUUUGGGAUCUCUCUGAUGGACUUUGGAGUGGUUGCCUUUAUGCUGAACGCAGGCAUGAUUUCAUCCGUUAGCCACAAGUUUCGUCUUAAAAAAAGCAUUUACAUGGGGAGUAUGGGGCUGAUUCGGCUGGGGGUUAUUUUAUCGGGAUACCACUCAGAUCCAACAGAGUACGGAACGCAUCUGAACUUCUAUUUCGUGUACCUUCUCUCGGAGAAUCUCAGCCUUUUGUUCAAACACUUUGACCCGCUCACUGCAGGGCUCAGCAUUUUACUAGCGCAUGAAGCCGUUAUAAACCAGAAAUCAGUGAUUGACUUUGUGUUCUUUGAAACACGAGAAAACCUAUUUAAAGCAAACAGAGAAGGCCUUAUUUCUGUGCUUCCAUACACGGGAGUGCUCCUCCUUGGAAAAGCAAUAGGUAAAAUUAUAUUUGCAAAGGACCAAACACUUGGGAGAACACUGCACAAGCUGACUCUUAUGCUCUGUUUUCUCUUUGCUAUGCACUUUGGGUUUCUGCAUGUCCUGCAGCCGUCUAGAAGGCUGUGCUCUCUGUCUUUUACCUCCUUCUGCUGCGGCGCAAUGGUUCUUCCCAUGUGUAUUUUCUACGGCAUUUCUUGCAUCUAUCAGUUCUGCAAUAUAAAAUUCCUUUCCAACCUGAGCCGCGUGAUGGGCCCAAUGUUCCUACUGGCUAACGUAUAUGUCUUAAUAGGAAACAUUAUCUUUGACUGGAAGAGCUACUCAAUCUACUACGCGCACUUAAGCAACAUUCUUUACAUGAUUUUGCUAUUUGGUAUUCCUGUUGGUCUUUAUAGAAGACACACUCUAUUGCAAUCUGACGCGCCAAGAAAAACAAAAGUAUCUUCAUCCUCUAAGUAG